CAUUUACUUCAGCUCCCAAAUCAAAGGCUGGUAUUCACUCCCCAGAGCUGCCUGGAAGCUCGUCUGCAUCCGGCCGCUUCAUUGAGAUGCUGUGCGCUGCCCAGGAGAGCCGGCCUGGGUGCAGCUGAGCUGCGGCCGCCUAGCCCAGCGCCCAGCUCUCUGCACCCCCCCCCCCCCCCGCUGGGCUCCUCGAGCCCUCCCCACCUCAGGGCUCCGGCUCCGUUUGCUGCAUUCUCGGAGCAGCUGGCGGGCCGGCGUGCAGGCAGCCUCUGCCAGGCUAAGCUGGCAGUGUCGGCCGGUGGCCGCAGCAGCUGAAGAUGUGCCCCAACCGGGUUGCCCCGUGCAGAGUCUGAGUCCCACCCACCACGCCACCUGCCAUGUCUCAGAUGCUGCACAUCGAGAUCCCCAACUUCGGGAACACCGUGCUCGGCUGCCUCAACGAGCAGCGUCUGCUGGGCCUCUACUGCGAUGUGUCCAUCGUGGUCAAGGGUCAGGCCUUCAAGGCCCACCGGGCCGUUCUGGCCGCUAGCAGCCUCUACUUUCGAGACCUGUUCAGUGGCAAUAGCAAGAGCGCAUUCGAGCUGCCGGGCACCGUGCCGCCUGCUUGCUUCCAGCAGAUCCUCUCCUUCUGCUACACGGGCAAGCUCACCAUGGCAGCCAGUGAGCAGCUCGUGGUCAUGUACACGGCCGGCUUCCUGCAGAUCCAGCACAUCGUGGAGCGGGGCACAGACCUCAUGUUCAAGGUGAGCUCUCCCCACUGCGACUCGCAGACCGCCAUGAUCGAGGACGCCAGCUCGGAGCCCCAGAGUCCCUGCAACCAGCUACAGCCAGCUGCCGCCACCUACGUUGGGUCCCCUUCCAUGCCCAUCCCGCUUCUGACCCGCGUAAAACACGAAGCCAUGGAGUUGCCGCCCACCACGGGCCCAGGCCUCGCUCCCAAGCGACCGCUGGAGACAGCCCCUAGAGAUGGCAUGGCAGUGGCCACAGGUCCCGCAGGGACACCUGGUACAGCCCCUCUCAAGCUGCCCCGAGUCUCCUACUAUGGUGUGCCCAGCCUGGCCACCCUCAUCCCUAGCAUCCAGCAGGUACCCUACCCCCAGGGGGAGCGGACCAGCCCCGGGGCCAGCAGCCUGCCCACCACCGACAGUCCCACGUCCUACCACAACGAGGAAGACGAGGAAGAUGACGAGGCCUAUGACACCAUGGUGGAGGAGCAGUACGGCCAGAUGUACAUCAAGGCCACAGGCAGCUAUGCAGUGCAAGAGAAACCAGAGCCAGUGCCGCUGGAGAGCCGCUCCUGUGUCCUCAUCCGCCGCGACCUGGUAGCUCUGCCUGCCAGCCUCAUCAGCCAGAUCGGGUACAGAUGCCACCCCAAGCUCUACUCGGAGGGCGACCCAGGCGAGAAGCUGGAGCUUGUGGCAGGUUCUGGGGUCUACAUCACACGUGGCCAGCUCAUGAACUGCCACCUGUGUGCAGGAGUGAAGCACAAGGUCCUACUACGGAGGCUCCUGGCCACCUUCUUUGACAGGAACACGCUGGCCAACAGCUGUGGCACUGGCAUCCGCUCCUCUACCAGCGACCCAAGCCGCAAGCCACUGGACAGUCGAGUCCUGAACGCUGUGAAAUUGUACUGUCAGAACUUCGCUCCCAGUUUCAAGGAGAGCGAGAUGAACGUGAUUGCUGCAGACAUGUGCACCAACGCCCGCCGCGUCCGCAAGCGUUGGCUGCCCAAGAUCAAGUCCAUGCUGCCAGAGGGCGUGGAGAUGUACCGUACCGUCAUGGGCUCCUCGGCUGCCAGCCUGCCCCUGGACCCAGAGUUCCCACCCACCGCCGCUCAGGUAUUUGAGCAGCGCAUCUACGCCGAGCGUCGGAGCGAUGCGGCCACCAUCGUGGCUCUGAGAACUGACGCCGUGAAUGUUGACCUGAGUGCCGCCGCCGCCAACCCCACCUUCGAGGCCAGCGAGGAGGCGGAUGGGGCUGGCUCCGUCAUUCAGGAGGUGGCCGCCUCUGAGCCACUGCCCACCGAUGGCCAGAGUCCUCCGCAGGCCUUUGAGCAGUCGAGCGCCAGCUCCAGCAGGCCCCAGACGCCAGCGGCUGCGGUGACCAGAAGGCCAGAGGGCACCUACACAGGGACCUUGUAAGGGGCCUGGUGAGGCCCCCACUUGAGGAACAGAGUACUAGAGCUGCUUGCAUGCAUUACUAAUACAAACAAAUGUGAUCAAGCCACUUACCUACUGAACUGCUACUGCUGCCUGACUACAAUGUGAUUUUUAUUCUGCCUGUAUUUAAAGUGGAUGAAGGAAACAUGCAUUCAUUAUACUGUAAACAGUUAGGCCGCUGGCCACCCACUGGGAGAAAGAUCCCAGGGCUCCUUUUUGAUAUUCCCCAGCUACUCCCCCCCAUGGCAGCUCCCCCUCCCCCUACUCGGGGAGGGACAGGAGGCCUCCAGAGAGGCCCCUGCCUCACCUACCCUUCGCGUUCCUCCUGCCUCGGAAGGGAAGAGAAAGCUGAGCAGUCAUGGCCUGUUGGCUGGGGCGGAGGCAGGCAUAUGGCACUCCAUUUCUUACUCGUGGGGACCUUGCUGGGGCAGUGAGACAGUGCUGGGUCCCCAGGGGCCAGGCUCCUCUUGUUUUUCCUUCUUUCCAAGACGCCACCUAAGUGGGUAGGUGGUGUGCGCGUGUGAGAGUGAGUGUGUGCAUUGUGUGUGCGAAUGUGCGUGUGUGCACACAGAGACCAGUGACUGAGCUGCAGCCAUGGAUGUGACGAGUCCCCUGGGGGAGGGGGAGGGACGCUUGAUCCUUCCCCCUAUCCCCCCCCCCCCGCACCUGUACCCUCACUGUGCUCCACCUGGAGCUUCAGGGGCUGGCCUACUGACCCCCAGGGUCCCUCUGCCUCUGGCCUUGCUUGGCUGCCUGCCGUCCCAUGGGGUGGGGCCGCCACCCUGUGCCCUCCAUGGGACAUGCGCAGCUGGUCCCACCCUCACCGCCCUCUGCCUCCCCAGCCACUCUGGGAUUUUGCUUGUUUGGUGUUUUUGUUUAGUUUAGAUCUAUUUCGUGUAUGAUUUGAAAACUUUUCAGACCCAAUAGAGCAAAAAAUCAGGGAGGGACUGGUCCCUGUCCCAGCCUACCACAGAUCAUACUCACGGCCCCCCAUCCUGGGUCAAGACCCACUUGCCUCCCAUUGGAGGCAGAGCAACCCCAGGGAAGCACAGUGAGAUGUCGGUGUAGGCAGGCUGAACUCGUGCCUGUGGGCUCUGCUGUGUGGGGCACUGCCACCUGAGCUGUGCUCAUCACACUAUGGGCACUUCUGUGGGUGCCCCAGACUACAGGUGUUGGGUGGCAGGCACAGACCUAGGCUGGAGUGGUUGGCAAAAAUUGACCCCACUGGAGACCAGAGGGUCAGGAAAGCACCAGGCUGGGUCCGGAGGAGGGGCCCACAAGGGCAGCUGGUGGUUUGAGGCUAGAACACUCACUUAGUUUAGUCAUUUUUAGUACGUCAUUCCCACAGAAUAUGGGACAUGCUCCUGGGGCCAUUUGCCCAGGUGUCUCUUCCUGGUCCCUUGUUCAGGAAUUGCUUGCCCAUCUGCAGAGCUCAGCAACUCCUGAUGUGGCCAAAUCCUCCCUGUCCCCCCUCCCCCCGCAACACACACACCACCAUUCCAAGACUUGCAAGGUCUGUGGCUGUCUGUCCUUCCAUCCAUCCUGAGCUUGCUGCCUCAUUAGCCAGCCUGUGUGCACACAGGCUGAGAAGGUCCUCCCAAGCUUGGACCAGGAUGUGGGGAGCCCAGGCUGCAGUUUAGACCCCCCUCUGGGCUCUGUUUCUAUGGAGGAUCCUUGAGUAGACCUCACAGGGAGCCUCUUUUCACAAUGUACUGGCUGCAAACCAGUGUCUCCUCUCCCGACAAAGACCUGUGGCUUUGGAAAGGGGGAGGUACACCACAGGAAAGACCUAGUCCCCUCACUGCCCCUUGGGUGAUCCAAGCCUUGCAUUCCUGGGACCAGUGAAGAGGUUAGCGCAUGCCUAGAAACACCUGACCAGAUGCCUUUCUGGUCCCCAUCCUGGGCCCAGUGAAGAGGUUAGCGCAUGCCUAGAAACACCUGACCAGAUGCCUUUCUGGUCCCCAUCCUGGGCCCAGGUAGAUUGGAACCCAACCCAGCCUUCUGGCAACCUGUACUAAACCCACCUGGUGCUGGGAAGAGGCCAUGAGCAGUGGACCAGGGUGGCCCCUCUAGAGUUUUCCUUCAUCUGCUUCCCCCACCCAAAUUUGCACUUUAGUUUGACCAUCCCUGGGGACCUAUGGGAGAUGGACCUGCCUGUCCUGGCUAGUGACAGAAGGGCUCUCUCUUUAUCCCCUCACUCCAAGAUGGGCACGGCCCCCACCCUGGGCCAACACAGGGAGGACGCUGCUGGCCCCUGGAGGAGGUGGUGGCCGCACAGAAUGCCUGACCACUGCUCGGGCUAGCACAAUGUCCCUUGACCUCUGUCCCUUAGUUAUUUCUAGUCGCCGUCUGUUUUGUUGUUCUGGGUAAGGAAGGCAAGAGCUAUAGUUAAAAAAAGUAAUAAUAAUAAUAAUUAAAUGUGAAUGGAUUCUGAGCUCUCCCUGCGCCCCGGGCGGGCCAGGCCGAGCGUUUUGCACUAAUGUGUCCCGUGGUGGACGUGGUCGGGAGCGUUUGCAGACGUGCGUGGCCGAUUACUGUACCUGCCGGGGGGGCGGGGAGGGCUCCCUCCGCAUCCUGAAUGUACCACGGGGCCGGUGGGUGGUGGGCCUGGGCUCGGAGGGGCCUUCCAGAGUGCCUUAGCAUCUUUUGAUCAUUUUUUCCCAAGGAAAACCAAUUAAGAAAACCGGACCCUCCCCCCUCCUUUGUUUACAAGAUGACUAAUUCCAGAAUUGGGGCUGUCUUGUCCUGCCAGCGUGACCCUGACUCGUCCAGACCCUGUAGACAAGAGCCUCUCAGUAUUUAUGAGAUACCUGCACCUCUAUCCCCGGCUUGACUACUAGCAAUACGCAUAUACUACUUAGAGUCUAUUAUAGAGCUGUAAGUUAUAUUGGCACCUUUCCCACGAGGACAGUCAGGACUGGAGCUACUGGGGGCUGGGCUCUAGCCACCACCUCAUCCUCCCCUGUCCUCAGAGUGAAUGGUCCCUGAGGCAGCUGGGACGAGGGCCAAAGGUCCAGAGGAAGGGACCCAGGCAGGGUGGAUACUGUGAGCUCGGAGAGACCGCCCGCCUAGGCGGAGGUCUCCGGACUUGAAUUCUGUCUUGUUUUCUGCACCAGUUGCUUCAGCUUACACCAGAUUCAGUAUCUUUACUUUGUCCCCGAAUGUGGACACAGCUGUGUGUGAGAGGCAAGCAAGGAGAGACCCCCCCGAGGGUCUUGCGUAGGGUGACCACCGUGGGGCCAGUCCACGGGGAAAACUAGGUGUGUGUUUGCGUCUAGAGCCUAGUGGAAGGUAGAAAGAAGGGCCUGUGAGGGAUUGGCAGGGCCUGUCCUCUCCGAGGGGACUCUGGGAUACCUGGUGCUGACCUAGUUCAACAGUUAGAACUUGCCAGUCCCAGCGCCAGCCCCACCCUGCCCGAUCAUGCCCUGCCUGGGUUCCCCUCAGACAGUGAGUCUUAAGGGAAGUGUCUUAGCUGAAGUGAGAAGGGCCAGUGACCCGUUAAUCAGCUGAAAAUCCUGUUGGCCUCUGCUGUCCGUGGACCCCAAACUGGGACCCGAGCGUGUUGGCGCCCCAGCUCUAACCACUGCUUCCAAAUGGUGCUGCCACCGCUGCUGCUGUGUGAUUCCUUGUGUCAGCCAGCCGGCUCCACGCAGGCGCGUGAGGGCUUGGUACGAGCUGUUUCAAAAUGGCAAAGGAGUUUUGCUUCUGUUGUGUUGUGUUGUGUUGAAAGAGGAAAAUGAUGUCGAGUGAAAAGCAUUCAGAUUGGACAGCCUGCUUGUGUUCCGUCAGUCACCUCCUUUGCUAGCGUUUUGCACACGAUUGUGAUUUUUAUGUCAAAACAAGCCAAAACUUGCAAUACUAUUUUUAGCUGACAAAAAAAAAAUACUAAGUAUGAAAUGUAUAAAUAUUUUUGACUUGAACGUUUGGGUGGCCCUGGGUACAAAGCGGAGCAUUCAUCCCCUUGACGGGAUGUUUGGAGAAGAGACUCAAAAGAGAGAUGAUUGUUUCAAAGGCUCUGUCUAGAGGUUAAUGUAGUAGUGUACUGUAACUUACGACUGUUAGAAAAUAAGUUAAUAGAGUCAGUUGCUCCCCUGCUGCUGAGGAGGGCUUCACAGAACCACUGAGCUAGAACAGCUGCCGUGAUGCUGGCUUUUUGUUUUCAGGAGGAGGAAGCCUUUUUGUUUGUUUGUUUUGUUUUGUUUGUUUGUUUGUUUUUGUCUCUCUUGCAUCCUCCUCACUCCCUCUCUGUGCUGUGAUCCCGUAGUGACAAGACUGUUACUUUGUAGCCAUGGCUGACAACAUUGUAUCAAUAACUAAAACCACAGCAAUGUCCGCAAGCUACCAGGGAAACCUGAAGGCUGCGAGCCUGAGCUCUGCCAUCUCCAAGAUGGAAGUCCACGGCAAACAGAAGGACGUCAUCAUUAGUUGUAAAGCGCUUUGUAAAAUUCACAUUUACAAAAUAAUAAAGUCAGUUCAAUCCCA